GAAGGGAAUUUAUUACUGUAACUGGAUACAGGGAGAAGGCUGGAGAUAAUUCCAGCAGACCAACUCAAAGUGCUACAAUUUUCUUAGUGUUUAUAUAGGUUGGGGUUAUGUGCCUACAUGCAGUACAGUAAUCAUCUAAGUCUACUGGUAACUAAUUUUGUUUCAAGGAGAAGGUCAGAGGCAAAAAAAAUGCUUGCUGAGUCCGAUUAAAAGGGGCCCAGUGCCUUCAACGCCUGUCUACUGUGGUACCAGAGUGAUUAUUUCGAUUUUAUCUCCUUUACAGCUUGGUCCAGAGAGCUGCCUUAGACUAUCCAAUCAAUCUAUUCAAACAGCUGCCUGUUCCCUUAACUUGUCUUCAGAUUUUGUCGACCCGAGAUGGGUCCUGGCACUAGGAAUGUAAAACCAUUCCUAUUAUUUUGGCUUGCUCCAGCAAAAGAGAAGCCCAUGCAAGGCUCCUGCUGACCAUGUAUCAUUUCUAGCUUUGAUGUCUGGGCACUGAUUUCCCUAGAUUUAACUAUGUGCUCAAUGGUAAGGCAGUGCUGUGGAAAUCUGUCUGUGUAACUGGGGUGCUAUGCAGGCCUGUCUGGGUGACUGUCAGGGACAACUGUCCUACCACACCAAGGACACAGCCCUGGGGGUGCUUUACUUCAUAGCCCAAAGAAGCUGCAGGAAACCCACCCUAGUGGGACAAAGACCAAUGCAGGGUCAGUCCCCACAGCCAGGUGAUGCAAACAGGCUGGAUGUGGGCCGCCUCCCCUCCGGCUUGGCUUGUGACAGGGAAACCAACGCAAGCAGCAGCAGCAGGGCCACCAGAGUCCUGUCCUGGGGACAGGCUUCCUUCCAGCGGGCAGGGAGUGGGUGCUCCUGCCAGACCAGCCUGGCUUCCACGGUUCCAGAGACCCUGUUCCCCCUCAGCCCAGUCCCCGCCCCUACUCCUUGGCUUUAUGAGUUCAUUCGCUGAAGUCACCCGGAGACAAUGCUGAGUGUUCCACCCCUGAGUCGAAGCCCAGCCCAGCGCAGCCCAGCCAGACGCCUCCGGUAGUGUAAAUGAGGACAAUGCCUGCUGGCCCACGUGACGGGGGGAUGUAGACGGCAGCAGCGCCAGUCGCUCCUGGCACCAUGGACGAUGCCACAGUCCUAAGGAAGAAGGGUUACAUCGUAGGCAUCAAUCUUGGCAAGGGUUCCUACGCAAAAGUCAAAUCUGCCUACUCUGAGCGCCUCAAGUUCAAUGUGGCUGUCAAGAUCAUCGACCGCAAGAAAACACCUACUGACUUUGUGGAGAGAUUCCUUCCUCGGGAGAUGGACAUCCUGGCAACUGUCAACCACGGCUCCAUCAUCAAGACUUACGAGAUCUUUGAGACCUCUGACGGACGGAUCUACAUCAUCAUGGAGCUUGGCGUCCAGGGCGACCUCCUCGAGUUCAUCAAGUGCCGGGGAGCCCUGCAUGAGGACGUGGCACGCAAGAUGUUCCGACAGCUCUCCUCCGCCGUCAAGUACUGCCACGACCUGGACAUCGUCCACCGGGACCUCAAGUGCGAGAACCUUCUCCUCGACAAGGACUUCAACAUCAAGCUGUCUGACUUUGGCUUCUCCAAGCGCUGCCUGCGGGACAGCAAUGGGCACAUCAUCCUCAGCAAGACCUUCUGCGGGUCGGCAGCAUAUGCAGCCCCCGAGGUGCUGCAGAGCAUCCCCUACCAGCCCAAGGUGUAUGACAUCUGGAGCCUGGGCGUGAUCCUGUACAUCAUGGUCUGUGGCUCCAUGCCCUAUGACGACUCCGACAUCAGGAAGAUGCUGCGUAUCCAGAAGGAGCACCGUGUGGACUUCCCGCGCUCCAAGAACCUGACCUGCGAGUGCAAGGACCUCAUCUACCGCAUGCUGCAGCCCGACGUCAGCCAGCGGCUCCACAUCGAUGAGAUCCUCAGCCACUCGUGGCUGCAGCCCCCCAAGCCCAAAGCCAUGUCUUCUGCCUCCUUCAAGAGGGAGGGGGAGGGCAAGUACCGCGCUGAGUGCAAACUGGACACCAAGACAGGCUUGAGGCCCGACCACCGGCCCGACCACAAGCUUGGAGCCAAAACCCAGCACCGGCUGCUGGUGGUGCCCGAGAACGAGAACAGGAUGGAGGACAGGCUGGCCGAGACCUCCAGGGCCAAAGACCAUCACACCUCCGGAGCUGAGGUGGGGAAAGCAAGCACCUAGCAUGACAAUGGCCCCGUUGUGUGUGGUGGGGGUCGGGGUUGGGGGGCAUGGUGCAGUCGGCCUUCACGUAAACUAAGUAGGCAGGUAGGAUCUGAAGAAGGCACAGGUGCAAGUAAAAUUCAUCAAUUAAACCACUAUUUUGAUUACGUUCCAUUAGCUUUCUUCCACUUAGUAGCAAAGACGUUCCUUACUGACCACCAAAUAAACCACAGGGUGUGUGCAAGCA